UAUUUUGAUUGGUUGUUUCCUGUGCUCGGCGGAGAAGAUAAACACUGAUCAGCUGACUAAAGGUGUUCGAGAUGUUGUGUUCGCGUGCAUUAACAAGAACAGUUUUGCUCAAAGGAUUCAAAUGGGGCCACAGGAGUUUUUCACAAACACCUAUGGUACAGUCUCGUCUCUUGGUCUCGCAAGAAAAUGGAGUGCGUCACAUAACUCUGGCCGACCCCAAAACAAGAAAUUCACUUUCUCUACAAAUGUUGGAGGAUCUGCAGUCUGCCAUAACUCAAGAAGAUCCUUCUCUACGAUGUAUUGUACUUGGAGCACAAGGAAAAGUAUUUUCAGCAGGUCAUAACCUCAAAGAAUUGACACAUAAGGAAGGACGUAACUACCACCAGCAAGUUUUCAACACUUGCACAAAAUUUAUGCUCACCCUUCAAAGUAUACCAGUCCCUGUUGUUGCCAAGGUCAAUGGCAUUGCUGCUGCUGCUGGCUGCCAACUAGUUGCUUCCUGUGAUAUUGUUAUUGCAACUCAAAAUUCUUCAUUUUCGACUCCUGGUGGAAGUGUCGGUAUAUUUUGUUCCACUCCUGGGAUUCCCCUUGUGAGAUGUGUUCCACGGAAAGUGUCGGCCCACAUGCUACUCACAGGUUUGCCUAUCACAGCAGAAGAAGCUCUACGAGCUGGAUUGGUGUCAAAAGUAGUUCCUGAGGAUGAAUUAGAAGCUGAAACUCAGAGAACAGUGGAUGCAAUCAGUCAUAAAAGUAGAGCAGUAAUUGCACUUGGGAAGCAAUUCAUGUACAGACAAAUGGAGAUGGGAAUUGAGGAGGCAUACAGUCAAGGAAGUUGUGUGAUGGUCAACAACAUCAACAUGGUGGACGGGCAAGAAGGAAUAAGCAGCUUCAUUGAAAAACGCAAACCUAAUUGGUCACACUCAGAUGAAUGAAGACAUUGGACGAGGACAUUUUAUCUAAGACUACUAACUAACAAAUCUCCUAAUAUUAUUAAGUAAUGAAUCAACAGAUAUUUUUUUACAUGAAGAAUUUUUCCAAUACUGUACUGUACAUGUAAUACUGCAGAAGCUUAAAAGACUAAAAAUGUAAUUAAUAUGCAGUGAAAAUCAGUGCCAAUUGUAGUGAACAUAUUUUUAUGAGAUUAUGAUAAAUGGUUAUUUUAUUAAUUUCUGGUGAAGUUAAGACUUUAAUUGAGAAUACUUAAUAUCUAAUAGACAUGCAAGUACAGUACAAUAUGUAUUUGUAUAGAUGAUUCCCAUACACAGUUACAUGGAAGAUGGUCAUGAAAAUUUCCUUAUAUUCACAUUUUAAUGAGUACCAGUAAAUAGUAAAUAAUAAUAGUAUACUGUACAGUAAUAAUACAAAAUGUCUAACAAUAGUAUUAAAGUAUACUUGUAUUAAUAUAUAAAUAGGACAAACAUUUUCUUGAUUACUGAUUGUAAUUGUUGAUCCAUGUUAAAAAUUUGUAUUGUAAACCCUGUGUAUGGAUUACUUUGUGUACUGUACUGUACUAUAUUUACUACUGUAUAGCACAAUAAUAAAAAAUAAUAUACA